AUUGCUAAAAGGAAUUCAUCAUUCGAAGGGCAGAUGAGAUGUGAUAAUAAAGAACGACGCGCAUUGCCACCCAGCAUCCGGGUCAGAUCCUGCGACUUCCGGAGGCUGCAUUUCACCGCCGAUUCGGGGGCGACUCUUCCGUCGGGUUCCUGGCGCUGGGCGCCUGCGAUGACGGCUUUGCGACGGGGUCGCGCAAAACCCCGCUUCAACUUCACCCUUUUGCUGUCUCUCCUCGCCGCCGUAUUGCACGCACAAUCCGCAACAGGCGGUAUAUGUUGGUCCUCCAUCCGGAACGGCAGAUGCACCGAAUUACUGGCACAAGGAAUAUCCCGGGAGGACUGUUGCGCCUCGAACACCGCUGCAGCAACCGCCUACUCCGAUGAAGACUUGGACAGCGGUACCCUCUUCUUCUGGAGGGUUUUAGGGGGUGGCGUUCCCUGUCGGCCUUGUCGAGAAACUUGCACGGAGGUUCGCUGCGAGGAGGGAAAGAAGUGCAUCGUUCGUCGGGGGCGGCCGAGGUGCGUUUGCAAUUCUGAUUGCAAGGCGCCAAGGGGUGGUGGAGGUCCGGUUUGCGGAACGGACGGACGGAGCUACCGGAGUCUUUGCAGGCUGAAGAAGCGGGCCUGCAGGAAAGACAGCCACGACCUGGCUGUUGCGUACAAUGGCCACUGUCAAAGUUCGUGCACGGGGGUGCGUUGCGGUCCGGGUCGAAGCUGCCUCCUGGACCAAAACCUGAGUCCACACUGCGUCAAGUGCGCCCGGAGGUGUCCAGCUCCCUCGGUCCAGGGCCAUCACGGACUCCCCGGGAUUCACAAGGCCCUUCAGGCCGCAGGGAAUCGGCCGGUAUGCGGAGCCGAUGGAAACACCUACAAGAGCGCCUGCCAUCUUCGUCUCGCGGCCUGCAGAGCUGGACGAGCCAUUCCCGUCGCUUAUAAAGGACGAUGCAAACAGGCUGCAGACUGUUCGAGCAUCCGAUGCCGAGAAGGUCAGACGUGCCUGACGGAGAUGGGAUCUGGCAGGCCAAGAUGCGUGACCUGCAGCUACCGAUGUCCCCGGGGACGCAACCGGAACCCGUCUUCGUCUUCGUCUUCGUCCUCGUCCUCGUCUUCGGCCGCCGCAACCCCCCAGUACUGCGCCUCCAACAAUAUAACCUACCCCAGCUGGUGUCACAUCGUUAAGGAUGCCUGCCUGACGGGCUUUGUCCUGGAAACCCUUCAUCCUGGACCCUGUAACCUUUACGACGCUGCGGUUCACGCAGAUGGGAACAACACGUCACUCGCCUACGACGUAGAGCUGGCCGAAAACGCGUCGAGGGUGAAGGAAAGUGGGGCUCCAAGACGCGAGUCGCGACUUCUGUGACGAUGCUAAACGGCGGCCGUCGAAACUGGAGGGUUUUGACCGGUUCUGGACACCAAAGAGAGCGACGACCGCGUAUCUGAUACGCCAACAUACGGAUAAUCUCUUAUCAAGCUGCAGUCACGUGCCCUCCGACGGCGAGUGUAACGGCCGCGAUAAUACCUCGUCUGCUGCAGUGACGUUAAAUCAAUUUUUGAGUAUUCGAAAUGUAGCGACUUAGAUAGACCAGUAAUUCAAAGUUCGUAAGUUUAGUAUUUAUUUAAUUAAUCUAUUAACUCGUCGACGACGAUACCGUAUCUCUAUUGUAAGUAUAUACAUCGUAUAAACCGUUAUCCGAUCCACCCCGUCUCUCCAUUUCAUAUACUUUCUUGUAUUCUUUUUUGUAUCACACACCAACAAGGUA